GGGGACCCGGAAGGGGUGCUAGUGAAGCAAGAGGGAAGACAGCUCCCGAGAGGGCGAGGGCUGCGUGUGCACCCGCUAGUUCUCCCAGAUCUCCCCUGGGCCCGGCCACCGUCCCUCGCGUCCCGGUGACAGCUGGGCCCGGCCCGCCUAUCGCGGGGCCGGCCGCUGCUCCGGCCCCAGGAUGCAGAAUGUGAUUAACACAGUGAAGGGAAAGGCACUGGAAGUGGCUGAGUACCUGACCCCAGUCCUGAAGGAAUCAAAAUUUAAGGAAACAGGUGUAAUCACCCCAGAAGAGUUUGUGGCAGCUGGAGAUCACUUAGUCCACCACUGCCCAACAUGGCAAUGGGCUACAGGGGAAGAAUUAAAAGUGAAAGCAUACCUACCAACAGGCAAACAAUUUUUGGUAACCAAAAAUGUGCCAUGCUACAAACGUUGCAAACAGAUGGAAUAUUCAGAUGAAUUGGAAGCUAUCAUUGAAGAAGAUGAUGGUGAUGGGGGAUGGGUAGAUACAUAUCACAACACAGGUAUUGCAGGAAUAACUGAAGCAGUUAAGGAGAUUACAUUGGAAAACAAGGACAGUAUAAAACUCCAAGAUUGCUCAGCACUCUGUGAAGAGGAAGAAGAGGAAGAUGAAGGAGAAGCUGCAGACAUGGAAGAAUAUGAAGAAAGUGGAUUGUUGGAAACAGAUGAGGCUACUCUAGAUACAAGGAAAAUAGUAGAAGCUUGUAAAGCUAAAACGGAUGCAGGAGGUGAAGAUGCUAUUUUACAGACCAGAACUUACGACUUAUACAUCACUUAUGAUAAAUAUUACCAGACACCACGACUAUGGUUGUUCGGCUAUGAUGAGCAACGGCAACCUUUAACAGUUGAGCACAUGUAUGAAGACAUCAGUCAAGAUCAUGUGAAGAAAACAGUGACCAUUGAAAAUCACCCUCAUCUCCCACCACCUCCCAUGUGUUCUGUUCACCCAUGCAGGCACGCUGAAGUGAUGAAGAAAAUCAUUGAGACAGUUGCAGAAGGAGGGGGAGAGCUUGGUGUUCACAUGUAUCUUCUAAUUUUUUUGAAAUUUGUACAAGCUGUCAUUCCAACAAUAGAAUAUGACUACACAAGACACUUCACAAUGUAACAAAGAGAACGUAGAAUCUAUCCUAAUUAUUGAUUCUGAUUUUUGAAGAAUUAACCUGUAGAUGUGACCAUUGACCAUAUUUACCAGUAUGUACAAUUUCUCUAAUAAAGGGAGUUAUAUGUUUGUGCAUUAAAUAAAAAAAGUUCCAGUACUAGCCUUAUUUGUUUAAUAAAAAUGAAUGUGAAGA